AUGUUUUCGCGCGGGUUUCGCAAGCAUGGUUACAUCCCCGUUUCGACGUACCUGCGUACGUACAAGCUCGGCGACCUGGUGGACAUUAAGGUCAAUUCCGCCGUACAGAAGGGCAUGCCGUUCAAGUUCUACCAGGGAAAGACUGGUCGUGUCUGGAACGUCACCAAGCGCGCUCUUGGCGUGGAGGUCAACAAGCAGGUGAACACCCGCAUUGUGCGCAAGCGCCUGCACGUGCGCAUCGAGCACCUGACCCCCUCGCGGUGCAACGUAGACUUCAAGGCGCGGGUGAAGGCCAACGAGGAGCACAAGGCAGCCAACGCCGAGGCCCGCAAGGCUGCCGGUGGUGCUGCCAAGGAGAAGAAGUACAAGAAGCCGGCGCCCAUGACCCUCGAGUACCUGCAGGCUCUGGAGAAGCGCAACGCGCGCCCGAAAAAGUCGGAUGAGGAGAAGGCGAAGCUGCAUGAAGAGGACAGGAAGAAGCGGGCGGUGAAGGCGCUGGAGCCUCCUGCUCCGGCGGUGGUGGGUGGCAAGAGGAAGCCCCUGGGUCCCCGGCCAGGGUUCCUUGUGCCUGGCACGACUAUGGAGACGGUGACGCCUAUUCCGUACGAUGUGCCGGAUCUUAGGAUGUCUACCUUUGAGGACGCUGAGAAGGAGAGCGAGUAUGGAUACAUCAAGAAGGUCUCGGGGCCUGUCGUGAUAGCAGAUAACAUGGGAGGAGCUGCUAUGUACGAGCUUGUCCGUGUGGGAAAUGAUAGGCUUAUUGGAGAGAUCAUUCGUCUCGAGGGCGACUCCGCAACGAUUCAAGUGUACGAGGAAACAUCUGGUCUGACUGUUCGAGAUCCGGUGCUUCGAACUCACAAGCCACUUUCGGUCGAGCUCGGCCCUGGUAUUCUCAGCAACAUUUUCGACGGUAUCCAGCGGCCGUUGAAAACCAUCGCCCUUAGGUCUGGCAAUGUGUACAUUCCGCGUGGUGUUGCCGUGCCGGCGCUUGACAAGGACAUCCUCUGGGAGUUCCAGCCCAGGGCUCUGAAUGUUGGAGAUAUCAUUGCGGGUGGUGACAUUUUCGGGACUGUCAUCGAAAACAGCCUUAUGACACAGAAGAUCUGUGCUCCUCCGAAAGCUAUGGGGAAGGUCACUUACGUCGCACCCCCUGGUCAAUACAGUUUGAAGGAUAAAGUCCUUGAACUUGAGUUCCAAGGGCAGACAAAGCAGUAUACUAUGCUUCAGACAUGGCCCGUCCGUUCUCCCCGUCCUGUGGCACGGAAACUUCCAGCAGACACUCCUCUCUUAACUGGCCAGCGAAUUUUGGACGCCCUGUUCCCCUCAGUGCUUGGUGGUACUUGUGCUAUCCCCGGUGCUUUCGGUUGCGGAAAGACUGUCAUCAGUCAGGCGCUUUCCAAGUUUUCGAACGCCGACGGUGUCAUUUACGUUGGUUGCGGAGAGCGUGGAAAUGAAAUGGCUGAGGUGCUGAUGGACUUUCCGAAGCUUACCAUGACACUUCCUGAUGGCCGUGAAGAGUCUGUGAUGAAGCGUACCACCCUUGUGGCUAACACAUCCAACAUGCCUGUGGCUGCUCGAGAGGCAUCCAUCUACACCGGUAUUACCCUUGCUGAGUACUUCCGAGACAUGGGAUACAACAUGGCCAUGAUGGCUGACUCCACGUCUCGAUGGGCUGAAGCUCUUCGUGAAAUUUCUGGGCGUCUUGCUGAAAUGCCUGCUGACAGUGGUUACCCCGCCUACCUGGCUGCCAGGCUGGCAUCUUUCUAUGAGCGUGCUGGCAAGGUUCAGUGCCUCGGCAGCCCUGACCGCACAGGAAGUGUCACCAUUGUCGGUGCCGUGUCUCCUCCUGGUGGUGAUUUCUCGGAUCCUGUCACAGCUGCUACUCUCGGUAUCGUCCAGGUGUUCUGGGGUCUGGAUAAGAAGCUCGCUCAAAGAAAGCAUUUCCCUGCUGUUAACUGGCUCAUUUCCUAUUCCAAGUACACCAAUGCGUUGGAGUCUUUCUAUGAUGUGGAAUCGCCUGAUUUCAUUUCCCUUCGUACCAAGGCCCGUGAGGUUCUUCAACGUGAGGAUGACCUGAAUGAGAUUGUGCAGCUUGUCGGAAAGGAUGCUCUUGCUGAAGGUGACAAGAUUAUUCUGGAGACAGCUCGUCUGCUGCGUGAAGACUACCUGGCUCAGAACGCCUUUUCCUCGCAUGACAAGUUCUGUCCUUUCUACAAGUCCGUAUGGAUGCUUCGCAACAUCAUCCUGUUCUAUCAGCUUGCAACCCAGGCUGUGGAGAGGGCAGCAGGUUCAGAGGGCCAGAAGAUUACUCUCAAUGUCAUCAAGCAGAGGCUUGGUGACCUUAUCUACAAGAUUGUGUCCCAGAAGUUCGAGGACCCUGCAGACGGGAAGGCGGUGCUGGAGGCCAAGUAUCAGAAGCUGAGCGAAGAGCUCACAGCUGCUUUCCGCAGCCUGGAGGAUGAUUACAGCAAUUUUUCUUCACGUUCGCACCUAGUGCGUGCUGCGGUUACUGCUGCCCCGACUCCAACUGCUCCUCACGACAUGGGUGUGGAGACGGCGCGCGUGGUCCAUAGCGAGCUGCUAGAAGGGCUGUUGAGGGAGCUCAUCUGCGUGUACUGCACGGACCUCGUCGACCCCACCGACGCUCUCCAGGCUGCAUGUGGACAUGUGUUCUGCUCGCCAUGUGUGCAUGAAGCCAUUGAGAAGAAAUGCGUGACGUGCCCCACGGAUAAGUCGCCUGUGCAAGAGCAUCUCCGCCCAUUAAGGGAAGCCAAUCCUAUCGUUUUCCGCCAGCUUGGCAGGUCAGCUACUGUCCACCUCUCCCCGCUCUUCUUUCCCGUUUUCUUUGUCUCCUUCUCCUCUCCUCCCGUCACCUGA